AUGCCUCUCUGGAAGUCUCACUCCUCGGAUCUAGUUCAACGGUGGAACCUCACGGCUCGCGUCUACGAUGACCUCUCCUACGUCGGCAAUGAUACUCGAUCUGGAGUCGCGAAGCAUGUUAUCGCUGACUACGACGCUAUGCCUUCCACUGCGUCUCCCGCGAAGCGCCAAGGCGAUAUGAACAUCAUGGACAAUAUCGGACUGAUGAACGGCUACUCGACUCAGAUUACCCAGAAUGCACAGACGCUUAACAGCCUAGCAGUUCACGAGAACUUCCUGGGCUUCCAGACCGUUCUCGGAGAGCUCGCUGCGGACAAGGGACUCGCGAACUACAACAAGAACAGUGAAAUGGAGACGAUGCUCAAGAACAUAGUCAACGCAUCCAAGUACGUCAUGAACGACACGUACGAAAUGGUCAACAAUAUCCCAGGCCUGGGUCCCAUUCUUGGCCCGAUCGUCUACCAGGUCAAGUGCAUCGUCGACGAGGUUCUUGACGCCACUGAGAACUUGACGGAUGCGCUUAUCAACGAUCUGGAAAACAUCCUCCCUGCCCUCAGGGCCCUCGACGGUCAAGCAGCGCAAACGGCGUGUGCGGCCGGAAUCGAGAUCGCGGAUAUCUGUAUACCGCUCUGA